UCGAGAACAGUGCACCGCUGAUGUGUGGGUAAACUCGUCAUCUGCAUCAACGGCUAACAACGAGCUCUAUCCCGCAGCAGCUAGCAAUGCCCGCCACCAUGCCGCUAACCUUGUCCCCGCCCCGCCUCCUCCUCCACCACCACCGCCACGGCCAAGCCAAGCUCCAGCAGCAGCGCUCCACCGCCGGCUUCGCGGUCCUCCCGCGCCGCGCCGCUCGGCUCCGCUGCGCCCCCGACGAGGUCGCGGCCACAGCCGCCGAGCCCGAGCAGCAGGGGGAGGAGGAGGAGUUCGUGCUCCUCGCCUCCAACCGCAGCGACUUCAACGAGGUCAUCAUGGUCAUCGACUCGCCCUCCAACCGCUACCUCGUCCUCGACCCCAGCCGGAAUGUCCACAGCAUUCUCCCCAAGAAGAGCGCCUGGACCAAUUCCUACUGGGAUGAGUUCGUCAGCCUACCUCCCGUUGUUCCACGUGGUCCUGUUGCACUUCUAGGUUUGGGUGCUGGGACAGCAGCACAUAUGAUGCUAGAAGUUUGGCCCUGGAUACAACUUAUUGGAUGGGAGAUUGAUCCGACGAUAAUUGAAUUGUCGAGGGAUUAUUUUGGUAUGUCCAAUUUAGAGAAGACCACGGAAUUAGGUGGUUCACUUUCGGUGCGUAUAGGCGAUGCACUUUCCCCAUCAGCUACAGUUGAAGGAGGAUUUGCUGGCGUUGUUGUUGAUUUAUUUGCUGAUGGAAAAGUCUUACCUCAGCUACAAGAAGCUGAAACUUGGCUAGAGAUUGCAAAAAAGCUCAUGCCAGAUGGUCGAAUCAUGGUCAACUGCGGCGGAGCAGAUACCCCCGUAUCUCUUGCUGCUGACACGGGUGUUUCGUCUUGGGUCCAGAAUCCUACAAUCAAGGCUCUGUGCUCCGCGUUCCCUGGGCAGCUAAACUGGAAGAGACUUUCGGAGAAGGAGAGUGUAAACUACGUCGCGUUGACGGGUCCCCUUCCAGACCUGGAGGAGUGGUCAACCUCGGUUCCUAGCGAGCUAAGCCCAAGAGUGAAACAAUGGGUGCCUUGCGAGCUCGCGUGAGGAUGUGCGUUUUCUUCUGGUUGCACCUUUACUUGCUUCUACAACUUUGUCUGUCUCCUCCCUCCACGGUCCUUUUAAGGUGUACAUAAGGCCAUCUGUCUGCAUCUGAAGAAGUACCAUAUCAUAGCAGCACUCACAUGUCCAAGGAGGGAAUUGCAGUGGGGAAGGUAGUCUAUCUGGCUCCAGAAGCUUGAAGAACAGCACGCUACAAUUUUUGGCAUGUCCUGCUGACCUGCUGUUGAUUGCCGUUCAUCAUUCCAUGUCUUGAUAGUGUUGCAAAGUGUCAAGUUCAGUCGCUGAUUAGUAAGCGCGCGUUACAUCCCUUUGUUUUUUUAGGUAACAACUUGUUUUUCCUGCUGUUUAAACGACCGAUUCGUGCCGCGGCUGAGCUGAAUCAAAGCCAGCCACAGUUUGCAGUCUUUUGCCAGGGUAAUGUUGUUGUUCAACAUCAGGUUCUUACACGGCUACAUAAUUGUUAUACUGGUGGUGGCGCUGCGCAAGUAGGCCGUGAAGCAUUACCUCUCGCUUACGGCAAGUGAGCUGGGGUUAGAGUUAAGUCUCUUAGUAUGUAAUCCUUUCGGUAUGUUCGAUGAAGUCGUCUCCUUUCGUGCGCAUUGUGUUUGUGAUGAACUGACGCAUGAUCUCGAACAAAUUCUCGCGUGAAAUAUAUUUUUUAAUUAUCCAA